GCUGCAAAUAAAGCAGAUGUGUUUGUUGUGCUUUUUUAUGUGUCUAGACUUUUCUUUUACAAAAGCAGGCAUUCAGUAUUUAACCUGUGGAGUUUUCUUUUGUUUCCAUUUUUCAGCUAUUUUGUUAAGGAAGUUUAUAGAGUAGUGCGAAUAAAGCAAGAUGAAGUUGAGGAAAUUGCAGUCAAUAAAAGAUGAGGAACAUUUUUAUCAUCAGGGUGCUGUGGAGCUGUUGGUCUUUAAUUUUUUGCUCAUCCUCACGAUCCUUACAAUCUGGCUGUUUAAAAAUCACAGAUUCCGCUUUUUGCACGAAACAGGAGGUGCCAUGGUUUACGGUCUCAUCAUGGGAUUAAUUUUACGAUAUGCCACAACACCCUCUGAUUUUGAAAUUGGAAAUGUCUAUGACUGUGACAGGCUGAAGGCUGGCUUGCCCACCUUGCUUGUCAACAUCACAAAUCAAGUGUAUGAAUAUCAGUACAGAAGGGAAAUCAGCCAGCUUAAUAUCAAUGCACACCAAGGGAAUGCAAUGCUGCAAAAGAUGACCUUUGAUCCUUCCAUCUUCUUCAAUGUUCUAUUACCUCCCAUUAUAUUUCAUGCAGGAUACAGUUUAAAAAAGAGACACUUUUUUCGCAAUUUAGGAUCCAUUUUAGCGUAUGCUUUUUUGGGGACAGCUGUCUCUUGUAUUGUAAUAGGGUUGAUAAUGUAUGGCUUUGUAAAGGCUCUGGUCCAUGUCAAUCAGCUGAAGACUGGUGAUUUUCACUUCACUGACUGUUUACUAUUCGGUUCUUUCAUGUCUGCUACAGAUCCAGUGACAGUCCUAGCUAUUUUUCAUGAGCUUCAUGUUGAUACAGAUCUUUAUACUCUCCUUUUUGGAGAAAGCGUCCUUAAUGAUGCUGUGGCUAUAGUUCUCACAUAUUCAAUAUCAAUUUACAGUCCCAAGGAGAAUCCUAACACUUUUGAUGCUGCUGCCUUCUUCCAGUCGGUGGGGAAUUUUUUAGGGAUCUUUGCUGGAUCUUUUUCUAUGGGAUCUGCCUAUGCAAUUGUCACUGCACUAUUGACAAAGUUUACUAAGCUAUGUGAGUUCCCCAUGUUGGAAACUGGCCUGUUUUUCCUUUUGUCAUGGAGUGCUUUCUUGUCUGCUGAAGCUGCUGGACUUACAGGAAUAGUGGCAGUUCUUUUUUGUGGAGUCACACAGGCCCAUUAUACGUACAACAAUCUGUCAGCAGACUCCAAAAUGAGAACUAAACAGUUGUUCGAGUUCAUGAAUUUUUUGGCUGAGAAUGUAAUUUUCUGCUAUAUGGGACUAGCAUUGUUUACAUUCCAAAAUCAUAUUUUCAAUGCUCUAUUUUUAUUUGGAGCAUUUGUGGCGGUUUUCAUAGCAAGAGCCUGUAACAUAUAUCCAAUUUCUUUCAUUCUGAACCUGGGCCGAAAACAAAAAAUUCCAAGGAACUUUCAACAUAUGAUGAUGUUCUCAGGUCUACGUGGUGCAAUAGCAUUUGCACUGGCUAUACAGGACACAGAAUCUCAGCCUAAGCAAAUGAUGUUUACAACUACUUUACUAAUUGUGUUCUUCACAGUCUGGGUGUUAGGAGGAGGCACUACAUCAAUGCUUACAUGGCUCCAAAUCAGGGUUGGAAUUGAUCCAGAUGAGGAUCAAAAGAUAGAAACUGCUACUCAGGCUGCAAAUAACUUGGAAAAAAGCACAACCAAAGCAGAAAGCGCUUGGCUGUUCAGGAUAUGGUAUGGUUUUGAUCAUAAAUAUUUAAAGCCCAUCCUCACCCAUGCUGGCCCACCACUUACUACAACUUUACCAGAAUGGUGUAAUCCUGUAGCCAGGUUGCUGACUAGUCCUAGAGCCUAUGGUGAGCAAUUGAAGGAUGAAGAUGGGGACUUUAUUGUCAAUAAUGAUGAACUGACCCUGAAUUAUGAUGCUUCAGACCUCUUUCCUGUGCCAGCACAGAACAGAACAGAUUCACCUCAUCCUGCUGGCAAAGAAAACAUCUAUGAUGGAGACCUUGGCUUAGGAGGAUAUGAACUCCACUCUGAAUCUACUCCAGGUCAAUCCAAGUUUGCUUCCUCAGCCUGAUGUCCAUUGGAAAAAAUAUGUACUACAAAUAUCGGAAACAGGAGAGAAGCCGCAUUUAUUUUGCAGAAUUAGCAAGAAGCUCGAAAAUGUAUUAAGGAUAUAAACAGAAAAGAAGUAAAACCUUGCUGAAUUUCUCCCCAGAGCUGGGAAGAAUGAGAAUUUAUUAUAAUUUGUACACAUUAUAUAACUACACUUAAUUUUUCUGAUAGUGGCCAUUUUUAACAAUGCAAUCAAAGGCAUCAUCUGUCUAUUAUUGGAACACUGCAUAUGUGCUUGUAGGCUGUGAUCAUGUUUCCUUAUUUGCAUAUGCACAGAGCCUUUUGAAUGUUUGUUUCUAAUUAAUUCAAGAGGAGAGAGAAUGGGAAUUAGGUGAACUAGUACAUGCUUCCAGGAUCACAGAUAUGUUCACACUGUUGUCAUAAGAUGGACACUUCUGUGCUACAAGCCAUGAUUUGCCUCCUUCAACAAGUGGCAAAAUAGUCUUUUCACCUACUGUAUGGUAGUCUGGCAGUAAGUCGUCCCCCAAAACUGGACACUGAUGUAUGAGCUGCUGAAACCUAAACAGAUCAAUACAAGGGUCCUUAGUUUUACUGUGAUCAAGCAUAACUGUCAGUGUAAAUAGCAAUUAUGCUCCCUUCCCCAAUCCAUUUGCUCCUACUCCUAUGCAACAGAUUCAUAACACAAAUUCUGUGUGCUGGCUUUCCUCAAAUCUCCUGAUAUUCUGUGCUUACACCUAGAAUCUGGCAGGACAGAGACCAUGAGUAUCACAUACAAGACUUCCAGAAUAAUAUCUUCUAUAUUUCUUUAUACAUUUUCUACACAGUAAGAAAUGAUAGUGAUAACUACUCUAUGUUACACAGGGGAAAAAGUUGGCUGAAUCAUCCAUUAUGAACACACCGACUCACAUACAGUAUCAGGAAGGUUGGUGACAGCUUUUUUUUUUUUUUGAAGACAGUGCUCUGUGCCUUUAUGAAUUAGAGACUGACCUCUUGAAGAGGUCCAUUAUAGACAGGAUCUCCUGAUUGCACUUGCAACUCCUUUCAUAUCCAAAUGAAACUGCCUUAGAGUGAGCCCAUUGGUCCAUCUAGUCCAGCUUCUACUUUAACUACCAGGGGCUCUCCAGUGUUUUAGUCCUGCCUAGAAAUUGAUUGAUGAAAUAUUUUGCAUGUAAUAUAUAUUUUAUUCCUGAGUUACAGCCCUUUGCAGCCAUCCAUGUACACCACAUUUCCAACUUAGUGCUCAGUAUAGUGUUGUACUUAGCACUUAUUCUGGGUUAUUUAGCCAUCUUCAUUCAGUCUGAUGGAAAAGAAAUUACUUUUCAAAUGUUUGCAAUUCCAGUAAAUACUCAUGGGUGGGUGACAUGGGAUUCUUGAAUGUAUUUUAGUGCUGUGGUGGCUGGAGAGGGAGUGAGAGAGAUUCUUACUUUUCCUUGCACAAUUCUCUCUCCAGCAGGGCUUUUUCAGAUUACAAAGCAUGGGCAGCCAAGGAGGCUGCAGAAUGAUAGAAAGCUGUCUAGGAGAAAGCAACACCAUCCACCACUUCCUAACAAUAAACUAACCUCAAAAAACCUGCCUGAAGAAUUCUAACCCCCACUUAGAAUGAGAUGGAAGAGAGCCAGUUUGGUCUAGUGGUUAAGGUUCUGGGCUUGGAACCAGGAGUCUGUGAGUUCUAGUCCCGCUUUAGGCAUGAAAGCC